AUGGACGUCGGUGUUGUACCAAAGUUCUAUACGGGACCAUCGCCUCCUCCGAAAAAGAUUUUCAUUCACAAGGAGAGCAGAGAAAGCCGCCAAGUUCAGAGAGAGAAAUCCCUAUCAUCAACUAUCAUAACCAGGACUAUCAUCAACUGGAAUCUCUUCGCUACGCUAGCCGGCUUUUGGGAAGACUCCGCAACGGACAACAUCGACAAGGAGUAUGACCGGCUCCUUGAACACGUUCACGACUGCGCGAAGAAGGCUGAGAGUUUUAAAACCACCAAGAGACGUUUGUCUCUUGAAACUCUUGAGCUGAUACGCCAGCGUGGAGCAGCCCGAGCCGCAGGGAACCAAGAACUCACGUCCGAGCUCGCAAGGCUUUGCAGAGAGGCGAUAAAGGAAGACCUUAAAGAGAGAAGAGCAGAAGUGCUGGCUGAAGCUGCAGAGGUGGGGAAAAGCAUCCCCUAUGCCCGUCGAGACCUCGCCAGUCGCAAAACGAGGAUGACUGCUCUCCGGAACCCAGAGGGAACAGCCAUUGCAUCGAGAAGGGGGAUGGAGAAAAUCAUCUACGACUUCUACUCUGAUCUCUUCGACAGCCAUGUCCACUUGCCUCCUCACCAUCUGAGGGAAGACAGACAUGUCAUUCCAGAGGUUCUUCCGUCCGAAAUACGAUAUGCUAUCAUGUCGGUAAGAAAUCGUACGGCACCCGGUCCCGACAGAAUAAGACCAGAACAGCUGAGGAACCUUCCGCCAGUAAUCAUCAACACCCUGGCGAGGCUCUUUACACGUUACCUGUCGGAAUGCAAGGUUCCUAAACAGUGGAAAAUCAGCAAGAUCGUGUUGCUGUAUGAAAAGGUAGAUUCACAUGACAUCGGCAACUAUCGCCCAAUCUGCUUACUGUCCGUCAUCUACAAGCUCUUUACAAGAGUGAUCCUUAAUAGGAUUGAAAAAGCCUUGGAUGAAGGACAGCCAUGCGAGCACGCAGGGUUUCGAAUAGGAUUCAGCACGACUGACCACAUUCACACUGUUUCGAAACUCAUCGAGGUAUCACGAGAGUACAAGUUGCCGCACUGUCUCACCUUCAUCGACUUGAAGAAGACCUUUGACUCAGUUGAGACGGAAGCGGUCGUGGAAGCCUUGGACAACCAAGGCGUCCCUACUCAGUACAUGAAGGUACCAAAUAUCAGUGGUAAUGUUAGAGUAAAGUCCUAUCGCAAAGAAGAUUCCAUGAAGAUCUUCUUGCAUGCCGAAUCUGCACAACCAAAGCCAAAUGCGAACUUUGAUGCCUUAGAUAGCUUGGAAUUCGCACCACCUUAUGAGCUGACUCAUAUCUGUGUGGGUGUCAAUAGUACCUCAGGCUGCCAUUGGUUCUUCAUUGAUCUUCAAUCUGGGCAGAGCGUGAAGAGUUAUAGAAAUGUGGCAGUGGUAUUCGAAGCUUAUGCAGUUCCUAUCUUGCCCCUUCUGGACUUUGGAGCAGCUUUCUACUCUCAUCAUCGGGACCGUCUUCUCAACGCUCUUCGCGUCGAUGGAAGAUUCGUAGUUUUCACCGUUCCGUCGCGUGGCUUCGGUGCGAGGGCAAUAGAAAGCGGGAAAUAUUCGAAUCAAGGCAGUCGUGGAGGCUGCCUAGCAGAGGGAGCGGCAGCCGUAAUUACGCUGAGAUGGUCAGCGCUGCGAGUAGGUCUGGCUAUGGGGCAAAGGCUGGCACCCACUCUUGCCACUGUUUUCAAAAUCGAAAAGCCUAUACAAGACCGCAAAACACUGCUGUAUUGUCGUUACAUAGAUGGUUGUUGCGUCGUCUGCGCAACAGGCGGAAUAGGAGACGUGCUUCAAUAUUCUCAACCACCAAUGUCCGGACAUUAA